AUGGAGCAGGGCAAGACUAACAUAUACGGUCAGAGAGAGUUCGGAUCUUGCAUUCGACAUCGCAACGUGGGGGCGAUCCUUUUACUUGAGCGGGCCGUUCUAGAUCCGCCGCACAUCUUGCAACGCGAGGUGUUCCUGGUGUUCCCCAUUGCUAUUUGGAAGCAUAAGCAAAACAGUCAGCACCCCACGUAG